AUGGCUUUCAAUACGUACAACAACAACACCGCCGACUCCGCCUCCCCUCCCCCAAGUCUGGACGUGAAAGACGCCGACUUCGUCAUCGAUCUCGGCAACCUAGAGCUUGCUCUAGGGUACAAGUUCAAUGACCAUGCCCUGGUCCGAGAGGCGUUCGUCGGAGAGAGAGCGCAGGUUAUGAUAGAGGGGAAGCUAGUCCGCCAGCCAAACCAGCGGCUACCGAUUCUGGGAGAUUCGGUGCUCAAGACCGCGUUCUGGGACACCAACUUCACCAAGGACGAGCUUUGCGCCGCAUCAUGCAAGAGGUUCGAUUCCUUCUCCAGCAACCGAUCUCUCGCCAAAGAAGGAUGUUACCUAUACAUCCAUACCAUGAUCGUUUGCGUGGACGGGAAGCGUUAUUGGGAGAAGAAGAAGUGGACGGGCGAGGAGAGAACCACCGCGGUGGCGUCUACGAUCGAGGCCGUGAUCGGGGCGGUGUGGAUAGACUCCCACCAGAACAUCGAGACGGUGAAGAGCGCCAUCAACGGCCUCUUGGGAGCGGGCAAAUGCUAG